ACAAUAAUCGCGACUGGAGCCGUACUCAUUCAAAGUGGUGCACGUUCGCUCCUCAAUUCACCCUAAAUUUUCUCCAUUCAACACACGGAUCCAGCACAAAUCCGACACAUUGAGCCUGCGGACAAUAUUUAGAAGCAAGAUGUAUACCACACUUUUACUAAUAGUUUGUGUUAUCAUUUUGUAUUUCACGUAUGACAAAUGGUGCAGGACAUACUUUCAGAGGCAGGGCAUCCCUAGCCCUCCUUCCAUACCUGUAUUUGGAAACUUUAUAGAGUGGUUUGUUGUAUUUCAUGAUAGAUUUGCUGAAUACUUCCAGAAAUAUGGAAAGAUUGUUGGUGUCUACAAUUUCCGGAAACCCACGCUGUUAGUCUCUGAUCCAGAUGUAGUGAGGAAAAUAUUGGUGAAAGACUUUGAUCAUUUCGUGAAUCGAGAUAAAGCUGUAUUGAAGAAUGAGCUUCUUGAUGGUGGUAUGUUGACUGCUAAGGAUGAGAGAUGGAGACAAAUUCGUAAUUUACUCUCUCCAUCAUUUACAAGUGUCAAGCUUAAGAGAAUGUUUCCAUUGAUGAAAGAAUGUGCUGAAGUUCUUGUUGAUGUUUUCAACAAACGUGAAGAAGAGGGAAAGAAUAUUGAAUGCAAGGAACUGUAUGGUCCAUAUGCCAUGGAUGUGAUUGGAUCAUGUGCCUUUGGUCUUCGUGUUAACUCUCAAACAAACCAAGAUGAGCCUUUCAUUGAAUAUGCAAAGCGAGUUUUCAACUUCAGUGCUACAAACCCAGUCUUUCUGAUUGUCAUGUUGUUUCCAUGGACUGCACCCAUUCUGAAUUUCUUCAAGUUGGGUACAAUGCCCAAGGAUAUUGAGAAGUUUUUCUUAGGGGUGUUUGAGAAGGCUAUAGCAGAUAGACAAGCAAGUGGGGAUACAGGGCAAUUAGAUUUCCUUCAGUUGAUGUUGUCUGCUCACAAGGAAGAUGGUGAUGUGAAUAGGAUGAAUGAUGAAGAUGAUGAUGUUGCAGACUUAGCCCAGGAAACAAGCUGGAAACCAAAACAGAAGACUGCUCUCAGUAAAAAUGAAAUUAUAGGAAAUGCAAUAACCUUCCUCUUGGCUGGUUAUGAGACUUCUAGCACAGGUUUAGGCUUUGUUUCCUAUCUCCUAGCAACCAACCAACGUGUCCAGGAUCGCCUUAUAGAGGAGGUCAAGGAAAAGGCGCCCUCACUGAAUGAUAUCACUUUUGAGACGGUAACGAAGAUGGAAUAUCUAAAUAUGGUUAUCAUGGAAUCAAUGAGAAUAUAUCCCCCUGGAGAACUCCUAGACCGCGUUUGUAACAAAGAAAUCACCUACAAUAAUAUCACCAUCAAGAAAGGACAACAUAUUCUUAUACCAAUAUGGAACCUUCAACAUGAUCCUGACCUUUGGCCUGACCCAGAGACCUUUGACCCUGAAAGGUUCAGCAAGGAUCGUCGAGGAAACAACCACCCAUGUGGCUGGCUACCCUUUGGUAUGGGCCCACAUAGUUGUAUCGGUGUCAGGUUUGCAUUGUUAGAGAUCAAAGUAGCUGUGGUCUGCAUCCUACAGAAGUUCCGUUUUGAAACUUGCCCUGAGACAGAGAUUCCACCAAAACUUGGCAACCUGAGUUUCCUUACCCCUCCCAAUGGAAUCAAUCUACGCAUCCUUCCUCACUCUCGUUACAACCUACGAAGUCGAUGAACAUAUGUACCAGCUUUGUAAAAUAUGAAUGUUGUACCUACAUUCCUAAAGAAUAUAGAAAGGUCCUAGUGACAUGUACAUUAUCCCAUAGUUGUCCUAGCUUUAGCAAUUCAACAAUAAACCAUUUUUAAUCUAAUGUUGUUGCUUAAUGUAUAUUCCAGUCUUAAGAUGAGUUUAAAAGUGACACUGUAAUGUUCAAUACACAUACCAGGUGCAGAUAUUUUCAUUGGGUAAGCAUAUUGGUCUAAUGUAUUAGGGUAACUCGUGGCCAUCAUCAAAUUUCAUUUGCUUGUGUGUACUUAUGCAUGCUUUCUUUGAUAUUUAUUUGAUUUAUAUCAAAUGAAUUCCAUUGGGCCAAUAUCAGAUUCUUAUGUUAAAAUGACAAGUGAAUAAAUGCACUAGUUUCAGAAAAAAAUUCAAUAUAUUCUAUGCUACUACUUCUUCCUGUGCUUAACAAAAGCUGUUCAAAGUCUCAAACUGUAAUCAUAAGUUGUCCAUUUUUAUAACUUAUUUUAGAUAAUCACAUUAAAUCAAAUAACAUGUAACUUUUCACAGUUUUUUAUACUUUUUCAAAACAGUAGUAAGUUACAAUAAUAAGGAAUAAUUUGCCAUCAAAAUCUGAGUGUAUUUUCUAAAUUCUUUGAAAGAAAUGUGAACCUUUACUUUCCAAUUCAUACUUCUUACUGAUUUAACUUAGUGACAUUUUACAUUUUCCUAUUAAUAUUGGAUUUUUUAUGUUUUGUUUUUUAUAGUCCUGUAUACUGCAUCUCUUGAUUUCUUAGAGUGAUGAAUGUCAGGGUAUUCGCUUUUCCAUCAUAUUCUCCUGUUACAUUAUUGGUGUUCUAUUAGCAAUGAUGUUGAUAUUUACAGUAGAUGACAGAUCAAGAAAAUUAAGAAGGGAGAUUAUAAGUGUAUAUUUUCAUGAGUGAUUUAACAAGCUAUGAUGUAAAACGAGGUAAAUCUGACAUUGAUUUAAAUUAUUGAAUUUAAUUAUGAAUAAAGAAUUACAUAUUCA